UUUAACUUUGAAAGGUGGCUUCCGGUGUGCGUCCCUUGACAUAGAAGGACAAUCGAACGGGAUACCGUUUUCUUUCCUUUGCUGUGAAAGUCCGAAAUUUUUCCACGGUCGAAAAGAAGCAAAACUACAAAGAGCAUUUUUAUCUACUUGACGGGAAAGAGGAUUUUGGAAAGGCGAAAGAUUUUAAACCAGACGGCAGCAGCAUGUGAACACUCCCUGAUUGGACGCUCCAUCAUCCUUUCAUUUUGUCACCUCAUUCAUCCUGACUGAAGUCAGACAAGGAAGGAAGACGGGGCAACAGAAGUUCUUCCUGGAGUGAGAUGUCACUCUUCUUCUCUGGCGCGGUGACCAGUUCACCAAUAAAACGACGCCUGAGGUCCAGCUCUGCUCACCAAAGCCUGGACGUGUCCCUGCUGUCUCCCGACUCCUCGUACGUGUGCUACUCAUCUUCCCCAGCGUGGGCGCCCGUGGGGUCCUCGUUGGCGGGCGAUGUCCAUUCCAUCUGCUGUCGCCGCUCGCCCCGCCUCCUCACUAAUGGUUACUAUGCCGUGACCGACGACAGCUUCCUGUGGGAUGAGGACGGCAACGUGUCACUGACGCCUUGCGCCGCCAGCGUGUCCUACAAGGAGAACGUUUUCAGAGUGUUCCGGAGGCGCAGACGUAAAGCCGGCAGGUCCCUGGCUCACUUGCUGAGCGACGUCACUGAGAGCUGCCAGACCUGGCUGGACAGCAGGGUCUUCGGUGGGGUGUUCCGGACGGCCAAGGACCUGGACCGGGACCCAGAGAGAGACCAGGAGAACCAGGAUCCGCACUUGGACCAGGACCAGGACUGGGUCCGGGAGGAAGGAUUCACUUCGCUGGAAGAACCCAGCUGGUGCGGUCUGGGCCAAUCGCAAGCGGACAACGGCUGCAGAUUCUUCACUUACGAUCCCAGCGAAGUGGCCCCCCCUCCUGACAAAAAGACCCCGCCCCCCAAGCAGAUAAUCCGGGAGGAGAUUUGCUCAGAAAUCUGUCAAUCGAGUGAAUGCUUCACCCAGUCGCUGGGGGGACUCUCAGAGGUCCUUCCUCCCUCCGCCUUCUACGCCAACACCUGCCAUCAGCCCAACGCGCCUCAAUGCACAGGCGUAACGCCGAUGACUCUCGUCUUGGUCUUUGCCGUCUUUGUCUUCGUGACGCUCUGCUCGGGUUAUUUCGUGCGGAGUGCGGCGGGAGUGGCGGCGGCGGCAGCUUGCACGAUUACGGCGACAUGCGUGUGUGCGAGCAGGUCGACUUGGAUGCAAGGGUGGAGGAGGCGUGCCAAGACGGAGGACAUCACUUCACGCAACGAGUGACCUGCCGAACCGGAACCACACCAGCACACACACACACACACACACACACACGUUAUCUUUUUUUAUUAUUUACACAACCUUUUCUUAUUAUAUAGAAUAAUCUUUAGUGUUGUCACAGCUUGACGAUGAGCGUCUAAACAAAUCCACUCUGACACUUAACGUGCCAAAUGACAAUGGACAAUCCAGAGGAAACGCUCGUUUCUUCCCUGCAUUGUACUCUUAGUUGCCAUAGCAACUAAGGAUGCCGACAAUUAUCAUCGCCAAGGCGACUAAACGUGUACUUUCAAAUGAAAUUCAGUGAGGCUCGUUGACUGAAUAUACUCACACACAAAAAAAACUCUCAGGCACUCACUUAACAAAAAAGCUAGCACACUCACCAAAAAAGGUUUCAGACAGAAAAAAAGAGCUUUUUUCCUUCUGUGUUUGAGGCGAUUUUUGGGCUUGUGUGAGUGUUUUAGGUCAGAUUUUUUUAGGUGUGUGUGUCAGAGAGGAUUGUAGGUGAGUUUUUGGUUUGUGUGAUGAUUGUAUUGGCAAGUGUGAGUUUUUGUGUAAGAUAUUUUUAGGUGCGUGAGAAGUUGUUUAGGUGUGUAUGAGGUUGCUAUGUGAAAAUGAAAUUUUUUUUGGUAUGUGUUGAGAGUUUUUUUGUUUUGUUUUUUUUGUAGGUGUGUGUGCGUGACUUCUUUGGUGAGUGUGAGAGGAUUUUAGGUUUUGUGUGAGUUCUCCGGGGUGAGCGUGAGGUUUUUAUGAGCGGGAGUUUUUUUUUUUUUUUUUAGGCAUGUGUGUGGCAAAUGUUAUUUUUGGCCUAUUUGGGACCCCAUG